AUGAUUGAUCUCUUGAACACAGUAGCGUUUAUGGGUUGCUAUCUAUCGUGCAAGACAACUGUCACCUUUGAAGAGGUCCAGGAGAAGGACUUCAAAAGAGAAGCUAAAGACAUCAUCAUUCAUCAGAGGAUGGAAUGCCCCCAUUCCUGCGCAGAAGUGGUGACAAGCGGAAUUUGUGAUUUCGCAACCAGAACACAAUGA